AUGUUUCGAUGCGCAGGUCCUCAGUAUGGCUCAGUGGAGCGGGCCUGGCUGGGCGUCAUGACGGAGGCGGAGAAGGUGAGCGAGCUGCACCAGGACGUGAAGAACAACCUGGUGAACGAGGACGUGGAGAAAGUGAAGAACUGGCAGAAAGAAGCUUAUCACAAACAGAUGAUCGGAGGCUUCAAAGAGGCCAAGGAGGCAGAGGAGGGCUUCAAGAAGGCUCAGAAACCCUGGGCCAAGAAGCUCAAGGAGAUGGAGACGGCAAAGAAAGCCUACCACAUGGCCUGUAAGGAGGAGAAGCUGGCCGCCACCAGAGAGGCCAACGGGAAGACCGAGGCUUCUGUUACAGCCGACCAGCAGAAGAAACUCCACGAGAAAGUCGAUAAAUGCAAACAGGACAUGCUCAAAGCCAAGGAGAAGUAUGAGAAGUCCCUGGAGGAGCUGAACAAAUGCACCCCUCAGUACAUGGAGAGCAUGGAGCAGGUGUUCGACCAGUGUCAGCAGCACGAGGUCCGGAGACUCAACUUCCUCAAAGAGGCUCUGCUGGACAUCAAGAAGCACCUGAACCUCACAGAGAACCAGAGCUACGCCACAAUAUACAGAGAGCUGGAACGCACCAUCCUGGCUGCAAACUCACAAGAGGACCUCAAGUGGUUCAGCAACAACCACGGACCUGGCAUGCAUAUGAACUGGCCGGCUUUCGAGGAGUACAACCCUGAUGCUGCUGCUGCUCCUAUAAAGAAAAAGAAGCCAGAUGGAGCCCCACCCACCCCCAGCACAGACCAUGUGGCGCCACCUGGUGACCGCAGCAGUGUGAGCAGCUACGACAAAAACCAGACCUUCUCAGCCGAAUGGUCCGAUGACGAGCAGCCGGCCACCUACUCGGGCAACGAAAACGGAGGAAACGGAGGCAACGGGAACUCGUUUGAGGACGACUCAAGCUCUGGCCGAGGGGUCCGUGUGCGCGCCCUCUACGACUAUGAAGGACAGGAGCAGGACGAGCUCACCUUCAAAGCAGGUGACGAGCUGACCAAGACUGAGGAUGAAGAUGAGCAGGGCUGGUGUAGAGGACGCUUGGACACCGGUCGGGAGGGACUGUACCCGGCCAAUUAUGUGGAGCCGAUCUAG